AGGUCAUGACUAGUCCUCCUCUCCGCGGGAGCCCGCCCGUCGUAUAAAAUCUAGAACAAGUUCAUGGUGAAAUAGUUGCACGGGCCGGCAUUGAUCCCCGUGGAUGCCGAGAGGAGCUCUUGCCUGCUGCCCGCAGUCGAAAUUUGGAGGGCGACCAGGUAACACCUCUUCGGCGCCCGUUCCUGGACCUUCUGGAACCCGAGUGUGCUUCUGCCGGAGGACGUCGCCGCACCUCGCCGAGCCUGCCGUUUCUCCUCUUUGAAGAACUGUGAACCGUCCCUCGCGCCCGAGACUGUGUGCGAACCUCGGACCUACGAACCCCGUGUUUGGUUUUGUUGCUCUGGCGCUUCUUGACUGUGGGCUUCGUGCGCUGUUCUUGUCGUCGACGACUUGCGGCGUUCCUUGGACUUGGCGAGUGACGCCCGUCUUGCUUGCCUGGAGUGGAGUGUGAAGACCUUGGGACUUUUUUUCCGUCGUCAGGGGUGACUCUUGGUAGGAGAUGCAUACGGCUGUGAUCUGCACUCUUCUCUUCGGCCUGACGGCGGCCCAGAACUUCUACCUCCAGCAAGCAAUGGACGGAAGCCUCGGGCAGCCGUUCAUGCAGCCCAGCAUGCUCUCGUUCACCGCAGCCGAGUCCAACUCCAAGCCUUCCUUCUUCAGGAGGCCCUUCUUCUCAGGCGGCGGCGGAGGAGGCAGUCGCCCUCCAGGAAAGUCCUUCUUCGGGAUCAGAACACCGUCCUUCUUGUCGGGUCUCAAGACCUCCGGGAGCUCUCCGCGUCCUAGCUUCUUUUCUUUCGCGAGGCCCCAGCAAAACUCGUUUCCGCAGCACAUUCCCCUAGGCCAGCUUGAAGCUUCAGGCGCCCACACUACGUUCCAUACGAUUCCUCUACACGGAGGCAUGAGGUUGCCGUUUUCUGCCGGAGCGGUACUGCAACAGGCGCCUUCUCACAUUGCUCAGGCUACAGAAUACGCUGAGAGCCAAGCGGACGGUGACCGUUCACCCAACGCGUUCUCCGGGAUCCACAUCUUUCCGCAGCAAGGCGGCAGUUCCUUCGGCUCCCAGAACGGAGAGCAGGACAGUUACCAGCAGCAAGUUAAUUCCGUUGUCCAGCUGACGCCAGCUGCCAGUGGAAGCUAUGGCUACAAGACGGACGGGUCUAACGUCUACAACGGCAUUAUGACGGCGCAACUCGGCGUUCCGGUCAGCCUAACCAACUUCGGUGAUGGUCCUGUCUCGAUUCCCGUCGGGGCAUCUGGACACGGCCAGCAGUCUGAUAGUAGCAGCGAUGGUCAAGGUUACGGACAUUCUUCCGAUUCGUACUCUUCGUCUCAAGGCAGCGGUUCUCAGAAGGCUCACCAACAGGAUCAGCCGUAUUCCGGUUAUUCGAGUGGCUAUCAGGGGCAGUCAAAUUCCGGGUCGAGCUACGGAAGCAGCUCCGCCAGCCUCUACAACGGUGGCACGACGGGUACGCGGUACAUCACGGCUCCUUCUCACUCGCCUAACAUCGGUUACUACGCAUCUCAGGCCGGCUCCGGAUACGGCGGCUCCCCUACCACUUUCACGCUGACGUCCGCUAACGGCUACGCCGGAUCCGCUGCCUCCGGUUACGGAGGAGGUUCCUCUGGAGGCUACGAACCUUCCAUGCAAACGCAGGGUUCCAACUCAAAUAAAUACGGCCCAGCCUACACACUGGUGGGGACAACGAGUUACGGAGGAUCCUCGUCUGGAAACUACCCCAAUCAACAAUCAUCCGGGUAUAUCACGGCACCGGCGUCCUACGCCGUUCCCGUCUCCUCCUCAGGCUACAGCGGUUCGUCCGGCAGUUUUACGGCGCCCACACGAGGCUACACUUCCAGCCAACCGUCUUCUGGCUACACAACGACUUACACCAGUGGGUCGCCGACUAAGUACACGUCCACGGGAAGCGGGUAUGGCAGCAACUAUGGCUCAUCAUCUGGCCAGGGAGCAUCUUCUUCGGUAGCGUACGACAACUCUCCAGCCAGCUACGACUCGCAAGGAUCCUUCGGUGACCGCUAUCCUCCAUCGUCGGGCUACGGUGGACCCACGUCCGCGGCGUACACCGCCAAGCGCCCAUCCACCAACUACCCAAGCACGACAACGUCCUACAAGAAUUCUCAGAGCGCGUCCGCCGCCUUGGCCCAAGCACUCAAGGCGUACGCGAACGGUAACGUCAAGUACGUUUCCACAAAGCCGGCAUCGUCAACCACGGACACGGCUUACUCGUCCUCGUACAGUUCAAGCGGAGGUUCCUCGGGGUACUCGAAGGAUGCCGCAGCUCCGUACUUCCGCACAAAGGGCACCCCGACGUACAGCAAGUACACUGCCGACAGUUCUUUAAGCUUCUCGGACGGUGGCAAGACAUCUAGCAAGACUACCUCUUUCGAUCAGAGAACCGUGGGCCAGACGCUUCGGGUCAGCGGAGACGGUGCCAACAGCAGCGAUUCCUACAGCACAUCCACAAGGUCCACUAACUCACCGAGUAAAUCAUCGAGCACAGUUUAGGCCCCUGACGUUGUCUAUUUUUCCCUGGACAUUGAAGAAGGUGGGAUGAGGGGGGUAACAAUUUGGUCGGUUCUUAAAAGUCGAAGGGUAUUCUCGGUACUGUAGGUGGUGCAAGUUAGCAAUGUUGUACAUAAAUGCUCUCGAGUCGUCGUAUUGCGCUAGAGAUAACCUCGUUUCGGUGGGUCAUGCAACGCACUCCCCAACAUUUCACUUCACCUUUUUGUUUUGUGUUCGUGUUCAGUCAUCCUGUCGCUCCUUGUUUCGCCAUGAACCAAAACCCAUAUGUACGAAACUUGCAAGGAAUUUACAAGGAAUGGUUUCCAUGGCCUUUUUAAGGCCUGCAUAUUUCCUAUCGUGAAUCUUUCUUUUACUUUUUUUUAGAUGAUUUGUGUGUACUUAUUUAUGAAAUGCUGGCUGCUUCUUAUUUCGUUUUUAGCUUCUAAAAAUUAUGUAUGCGUGUGAUUGUAUGUUUUCUUUUUUCUUAAGAACUACCAUAGUCUGCUGUCAUGACGUAAUCUUGUUUCGAAUGUUCUUCUUUUUUUUUUGUAAUAGAAGUUACGUUGAUGCGCACUUUUGAGCGCACUUUAUUCUGUGUACGAUAAUAAUUUAUGUACGAAUAAUAAAGUAUUAUAUUUUCAGCGUUGUCAUGGGUUUGACCACGCUUUGACUCAGGAGCCUUUCAAACGAGGUAAGUUCAGCCGCGGUUUAACAUUAUAUAAAUUGGCCAUUCGGGCAGAGACUGUGCGUUAAUUAGAAGAAAGACACCUCUUUAUUAUGGGGGCAUCAUAAAUGUUACUGUAUCCUAUGUUGUAACUUAGUUUAGAAAUUUCCGGGUCAUCUGCAGUAGCUUAGCUAGACGUUAACGAUUUAGAGCAAGGGUCUCCAAACUUCUUGGCUAAGGGGCCGGUGGGGAUCGUUCGGAGUCCCGAGAAGCAAAAUCUAAAUAUAAAAAUGUAAAAAAAAAAAAAAAAAAAAAAA